UGCGGGUCGUGCGUGAGCACUACCUGCGCCUCGACGUGCCCUGUGGCAGCGCCCUCUGCCGGGCGGGCUGUCCCCGCGAUGGGAAAUUGCUGUCCGAUGAUGUCACUCACUAUGUUGUGCCUGACUGGAAAGUGCUUCAAGAUUACCUGGAGAUUCUGGAAUUCCCUGAGCUGAAGGGGCUGGUUUUCAUGCAGACCGCAUGUCAAGCGAUGCAGCAGCAAAGAGGCCGCAGGCACUACAAUAAACUGCGGAAUUUAGUGAGGGAUGCCCGUCGCGAUUGCAUUAUAUUUUUUAAUGAAUUCCAGCUGCUUUCUUAUUUGCCACGAGAGCGGGGAGAAUCGCUGGAGAAAUGGCAGACCAGGAGUAUUUACAACGCCUCCGUGUGGUACUAUAAUCACUUCUCGGGCCAGAUGCCCAUCGUCAUGGUAACAGAGGAUGAAGAGGCUGUGCAACUGUUUGGCAGUGAAACGGAAGGCGUCUUUGUGAUCUCAUUCAAGAAUUAUUUGGACAACUUCUGGCCCGAUUUAAAAUCCGCUCAAGAGCUUUUGGAUUCCAUCCUCCAGUCGCGACGUGAACGGGAAAGCGAAAGCCAUGAAAACAGCGGGAAGGAAUAUCCCGAGCAUCUCCCUAUAGAGACCCUGGAAGCUGGGAUCAAAUCAGGACACUACAUCCAGGUGAGGCUUCCAAUGCACGCACAGAAAGCGGAAAUGUCAGAGGGGAAAUUAUCAGUAUUUCUGACCUCAAAGGGUUUUUUUUUCCUGGAAAUAAUGGUGAAAAUGUUAGAGGGUCGGAGAUAUGUCAAAAUGGUACUUUUGCUUUGCUCCCAAUUUCUUAGGGCUACUACUUAUUACUUAGCUGACCGUCGUUAUGACAUGUUGCCUGCCAUCUUGAGUGCCAAUUUAUGCUCUCUUCUUGGGAACGUGGACAGGUAUGCCGUGAGUGUUAUUUGGGAGCUGGACAAGGCCUCUUAUGAAAUAAAGAGAGUCCGGUACAAGAGAACCAUCAUUCGCUCUUCUUACAAACUCUUUUACGAGGCCGCCCAGGCUUUGCUAGAGGGAGACCUGACAGCUGCCGCGGAAAUCCAGGAGCUCAAAGCCAUGGAGGAAAACACACGGCGACAGAAGUUAGAGGAACUGACGUGGGCCAUCGGGAAGUUAACUGAUGUUGCCCGCCAUCUCCGAGCCAAACGCAGCAGCUACGGAGCCCUGGAGCUGGAAGGGGUGGAAAUCAGGGUUCAGCUGGACGACAAGAAGAACAUUGAUGACCUUAUCCCCCGCCAGCCACUGGAAGUUCACGAGACGAUCGCCGAGUGCAUGAUCCUGGCAAACCACUGGGUGGCCAGGAGGAUUUGGGAGGUGUUCCCCUACCAGGCGCUGCUUCGUCAGCACCCGCCGCCCCGGCAGGAGUUUUUUUCCGAGGUCCGAGAAUGUGCUGCUGCAAAAGGCUUUUCGAUUGACACACGGCGGCCCAGCACGUUCAGAAGGAGUCCACGGGGCUCUUCCAGUGCAUGUUCUUCAACGACAAGAGUCCUGCGCGGGAGGAGCAGCGCUCAGCGGACGGAGUGAUCUAUUCCAUCCGAACCAACGGGGUGCUGGUCUUUGUGCCAAGGUAUGGCAUUAAAGGAGCUGCCUACCUGAGGAGCAAGGAAGGGUUGGUCCUCUCCUGUCCAACCGAUGGGAACUAUGAAUGGCAACCUGGUUCUUUGCAGCGCUUCCCCAGCAAAAUUAUCGCCACUCCCACUGUCGGAAAGCCUGUGACUUUGAAUCUCUUUGAUCAUGUGACCGUGAAAAUCUCCGUGCAGACGUCUCGCUGCCAUGCAGACAGGAUCCAACUUCAGAUCACAAGCUGCAAACCAUAUAAGACUUCGGAAACGGAGGCAUCUCAGGGGCCCCAAAUGUCUAGAACAGACUUGGUCAGGGAAGUCACGAAGACGGCAGAGGAAACGCAACUUGCACAGAAUCUGGCCAAAGCAAACCAGGCAAAGGAAGGAUUUGACGAAGAGUAUCGGCAAACCCAGUGCAGGAGGAGUUUGUAUCACCUGCUAGAAGAAAUCAAGGAUUUGUCUCUCUUGGAUGUAUCUGCAGACCAUGGAGCGUGAGGCCUCCUUUCGCACAGCUUCUGUGCCAACACCCCUCUUCUUGUUUCCUUGUUUUUUUUUAAAGUUGUACAUUUAUUAUUACAAUGUUAUGUAAAAAAUUGGAGAUUCUAUUUUGCAUUCUUAAAUCCAUUUACAGCCAUUAUUGGUCAUGGAAGAUAUGCUUUGUCUUUUAUAAAUUAAUUACAGAGAAAUAUAUAUAGCUCUUAAGCACCUCAGGGAGUUAAGUGAUGAUGUAGCAGCUUAGUUCUUUAAAAUACUCCUGCUUGGUAAUUUUGACUGUGUAGAAACCUACAUUAAAUGAGCUGUUUCAAAUUAUUUUAAUGGGUAGUGUAGCAUUUCUCAACUUCAGCAAUU